AAGCUUAUGCUUAGAUUUAGUUUGAACGACAAUGUGGAAUGUACUGGGGAUUUUACUGCUGAUCUGCGGCUUACCAAAGCUCAAUUGUUCUCGUUUUACAAAUGUUGAAUGCGAAGUGUUGGAUGCAUCUUAUGUGAAUUUCAAUCUUUGUGAUCUUAAAGUGUUGGGCCGUGGAAUUGUUGCAUUAAAUAUACAUGCUGUGAUGUUGAAGGAACCCAUAAAAGUUUCUAAGGUGAAUCUCAGUCUGUGGCGAAAAUUCAAUGGAUAUCGUCCGUUUAUGUUCAAUACCACAUUCGAUUUUUGUAGGUAUAUGGCUAUUGAAAACCACAAAUUGUCUUUUGAAAAAGUAGUUAUGGACUCUUUUGUGGAAAAAUCUAAUCUUAAUCAUUCCUGUCCCUAUGAGAGUAUAAUUGUGCGGGACUUGGUGUUCAAGAAUAAACUUUUCGGGUGCAUGCCUUUGCCGACAGCUGAAUAUAAGAUUCGAAUUAUGGCAAAUGCCAACAACGAUUGGAGAGCAAUUGUUCAAGUUUAUAUAACAAUUAAAGAAGACGAAUAA